AUGUGUGUGGUGGUGGUGGUGGUAAUUUCAACCCUCCGUAGUCAGUAUAGAUAUGCAAGUAUGAAGAUCAGCUUGUUGAUUUUGAUUGGUGUGGCUAGUUUUGGGUCUGUGUAUAAAGGAGUCCUUGAUUUUGAUGGAGCUCAGCUUGUUGCCAUCAAGGUGUUUAUUAACAUGUUACAUCAUGGAGCAUCUAAGAGUUUCUUGGCGAAAUGUGAGGCGUCAAGAAAUAUCAGGCAUCGAAAUCUCGUCAAGAUUAUAACUGCAUGUUCAACUGUUGAUUAUCAAGGUAAUGAUUUCAAGGCUCUCGUGUAUGAGUUAAUGGACAAUGGGAGCUUAGAAAAGUGGUUGCAUUCGACUAUUGAAACGAAAGAGGAAACAGAUGCACCCCAGAAUUUAAAUCUUCUUCAGAGGCUAGACAUCACCAUUGACAUUGCUUGUGCACUUGAUUUUCUUCAUAACGAUUGCGAAACACCAAUAGUCCAUUGUGAUCUCAAGCCAAGCAAUGUUCUCUUGGACGCAGAGUUGACUGGACAUGUUUCUGACUUUGGACUUGCAAGAUUCCUUGCAAAAUUAGCCGAUAAGGCUUCAGCAAAUCAAGCAAGUUCCAUUGGCAUAAAGGGAUCGGUUGGCUAUGUUGCUCCAGAGAUGUUUACGGGAAGGAGACCCACUGACCACUUGUUUAGUGAUGGCUUGAACCUUCAUAAUUUUGUGAAGACUGCUUUUCCCGAUCGUGUCACAGAGAUUGAUAUUUAA